AUGGCUGCGAGCCCAACUUUAGAAGGAGAAAAUGAAGUUUACAUGCGAAAACUUGAGGUUAUACAAGACAUAAGAGCAAGAAGCUCUCAGCUGGAGAAAUUAAGAGGUCAACUACUAAAAGAGCUAGAAGCAGCAGAAAGAGAGGAGAGGUUGGUAAAGGAUUACAAGGCAGAAAUGGAGGCUCUUCUUCAUGAAAAGAUGGCACAUGUUGAAGAACUUAGACUGAUACAUGCUGAUAUCAACCUGAUGGAGAACACGAUAAAGCAGUCAGAAGCUGAAAGAGAAAGAGGCUUUGAUGUGAUUCGUAGACUUCAUGAUGACUAUAAACCACUCCGUAUGGAAGUUGACAGAAUGCGUUUGUCUCUUGGUCUUGAACAGCUGCCAGCCAUGGAGGAAGAGGAAGCCAUAGCACAUAGGUUAGUGGAGAGAGUUCCAUCGGCAUGGAAACCAGAGCCACAAGAACCCCCACCACCACCAGUAGCUCAACAACUUGCUGCCGCUGCAGCUGCUGCCCAUCAACUUGUCAACAAACGAGGGCCAUCAGGAGAAAGACACUUCCGUCAACAACAGCCUCCACCGAUGAAAGCUUGCUUGUCUUGCCAUCAACAAAUACAUCGAAAUGCUCCCAUAUGUCCAUUGUGUAAGGCCAAAAGCAGGUCAAGGCAUCCAAAGAAGACUAAGCGUAAACUGGACGAGUGAUCCUUGGCUAAUGUUUGUGGAAGAAGUAACAAACUCUUCUGAGAAAUAGUGACAAGAUUAUAUCUUAUGCAAGCGAUUUUCUGGUUCACCUUAUUUAUGGUCAUGUAGCCUGCAUAGCUGGCCCUUUUAAGAGGGGCCUGGAUCAACAAUUUAUUAUGGUGUAGAAGUUAUCUCUGUUAACAUAUUGAUGUUGAUGUGUCAAAUGAUUUCAACCAUUUUCUAGGUGUUGUCAGUGACAUCAAAUAUACAAUUUUUGCUUUGUACAAAACAUGAAAAAUCUCCCCCACCCUCCCCCUCACAUGAAAAUGCUGAAUGCAUGACUUUCCAAACUCUGGUUCAGUGACCAUGAACAAAGCAUUGAACCGAGACGUCAAGGAACACUGAUCACAGAUCUUUUCUUUUAUGGUCACUGAACCUGCGUAUGGAAAGUCGUGAAUAGCAAUCCAGCAAAUUUUGUUUCAUUGGUUGUUUUUGAUGGUUGACUUAAGGGUUAUAUCAUAUAGUUAUAUUAUAUAGUAGUCAAGUCUUCAUACCUAAUCCACUUAACACUGAUAAAACGCGUUUUAUACUAUAACUGUGAUUAUUACAGCUUAAAUUCAUAUUAGCAGUAUAAAUGUGAUGUUAUAUUUAUUGUUUAGUACAAGGUGAAAUUCAUUCCUCUGAGUUAUAUAUAGUAAUAUUCACUGUGGUUGUCCAAUAUUUAUUUAAUAUUAUUAAAUAUGUUUAAAAGGAAUUAAUAAAGCAGAUAUAUGUCUAAUGA